GCGCGGCGCGGUGCAUUGUGGGGCAGGAGGAGAGUCACCGCUCUGCUAAGCGCCGCCAUCUUGUCUGCGACCGGACUUGCUGCCGCUCUCGGGGCCCGCUCCUCGUCCUCGCCGCGCAGAGCGAGGGGACAGAGAGAGGACGAGACGCCCAGCCGGGCGGCGCUGAUGCGCCCGGAGCCUCCCCGUGCCUUCUACGGGCGCUGCUAGUGAAGGGGGCGGGGGUAGUCGGACGGCCGCCGGCGCGGCCUUUCCUCUUCUCGGCCGGGAUGGGCCGGUCUCGCAGCCGCAGCUCGUCCCGCUCCAAGCACACCAAGAGCUCCAAGCACAACAAGAAGAACCGGAGCCGCUCGCGGUCCCGCUCGCGGGAGAAAGAGCGGGCGCGGAAGCGCUCCAAGUCCCGGGAGAGCAAACGCAACCGGCGCCGGGAGUCGCGGUCCCGGUCCCGCUCCAACACGGCCCCCUCCUCCCGCCGCGACCGGGAGCGCGAACGCGAGCGCGCCUCGUCCCCACCGGACCGCAUCGACAUCUUCGGGCGCACGGUGAGCAAGCGCAGCAGCCUGGACGAGAAGCAGAAGCGGGAGGAGGAGGAGAAAAAAGCCGAGUUCGAGCGGCAGCGGAAAAUCCGUCAACAAGAAAUUGAAGAGAAACUCAUAGAGGAAGAAACUGCUCGAAGAGUGGAAGAGCUCGUGGCUAAACGCGUAGAAGAAGAGUUGGAGAAACGAAAGGAUGAGAUUGAGCGAGAGGUUCUCCGCAGGGUGGAAGAGGCUAAGCGCAUCAUGGAAAAACAGUUGCUCGAAGAACUCGAGCGACAGCGACAAGCUGAACUUGCAGCACAAAAAGCCAGAGAGGAAGAAGAGCGUGCAAAGCGUGAGGAACUAGAGCGAAUACUAGAAGAGAAUAAUCGAAAAAUUGCAGAAGCACAAGCUAAACUGGCUGAAGAACAAUUGAAAAUUGUUGAAGAACAAAGAAAGAUUCAUGAGGAGAGGAUGAAACUAGAACAAGAGAGGCAACGUCAGCAAAAGGAAGAGCAAAAAAUUAUCUUGGGCAAAGGAAAGUCUAGGCCAAAACUGUCCUUCUCACUAAAGAGCCAGGAUUAAAUUGCAACUCUGAACUCUUACAAGGAAAAAAAAAAAAAAAAAAGGAAACAAAAAACAACAACAAGAAAAACUUUGUAUGGUAGCUUCAUGUUGAAGUGUUUUUUUUUCUCUCAAUUUUUUUUUUUGUCUUUUUUUGAAAGUCUGGAAAGUUAGCUUGUUCUAAUAGGGGCUGUGCUCUGCAAUUCUUUUUUUUUUUUUUUUUUAACUUCCAUUAAGUUAAACCCUUGUCAGAUCGUUGUUGCCUUUUAGAGGGAAAUCUGUUCUCAUAUGUUUUGUUUCUGUAUUAGUGGUCUGAAAUAUCAGGUCACUAUGAAUUGUGGAUGAUCUGAUAAGGUUUUACUUGACCUACUCAUCAGAGUUUGACUCUGAUAAUUGACAGAACUUUAUACGGGGUAUUGCUGACUAUUUUUUUUUUUAAGUCAGUAAAUACAUGAGUAAAUUGCCAUGGUAUUACUGGACCUCUGUGGCUUAUUGUUAAAUCAGUGUCCUAUGAUACUGUCCCAUUGUUGCGCUUGAUGUUCCUGAUACAGGUAAGGAAAUAGUUUGUCAUUUCUGCUAUGAAUACAUAGAGAGUUCAGUAUUGUCUCUGUUAGAUUUGUUUUUAUUACAUUGACAGCGUUCAACCAGCGUUCCCCAUUGUGUAAAUAAACCAAUUUGCUGAAUAAAGUGAAAGUCUUAAAUUCAUAUGUUUAAGUAAAUUUUUUUUAGUACACUUCUAUAAACAGCUGUGACAAUUCACAUUAUUAAAUUCAAGACUAUAGUGGUAUUUUUUUUAAUUUUGCUUUCAACUAUUGUGGCUUCUCCUACUUUAAAAUGCAAAAUUACAGUAAAAAAUCCCUGAAUUUGUGAAUGUUUUUAAUGGCUGCUGCUGUUUUCAUGAAUGUUGUUUUUUUUUCUUCUGACAGAGACUUAUUUCAGCCGUAGUAUCAUGUUUAAACAGCUGUAUGGCUUACUGCACCCACACCAAUACUUCAGUAUCUAAUAUAAUCCCCUUCAGUUUGCCUCAUAAUACAGUAUGUUGUUAUAAGUGAAGAUAGUUACCAUAUAAUGAAUCUGAUGGAUCCUAAAGGAUUUAAAAAUUAAAUUCCCCCCCAAAAGGAAAACAGAAAGUAAGACUGUUUAAAUGUAUUGUUUUAGCCAGAAAGCAACUGUUACGCAUAUACAAGCUCUUGAAUGUUAUCCACGUGUAUGUACAGGUUUUAUUUUGAAAAAUUAAACUACAGAUUGAAAACUAUAUAUAAAAUCCCCUUAUUGUUUACAGUUCUUUUACCAAAACCUGGAAUACUAUGUCUUGUCCAGUUGUAAAACUUUUUUUCCUGUUGGUAUGCAACAUCUAUGGUAAACAUAGGAUGAACAGUAUCAGUAGUUGCCUGAGCAUUGGAAUGUUGCUGGACAAAGAUGGAAAUAAUUCCUGAUAUUCCCUACGGAUAUGUUUCUGUAGAUUUGGCAAAUUAAAUGUGAGAGCAAGUUGAGUGUGUCACUCACAGCAGUAUAUUCAACAUGUUUUGUAUGAAACCUGGGCCUCGGGGCAGAUUGAUGUGUAUCUCUUUGUCCAGUAUGUCAAGAAAAAAAUGCAAAGACAGUAAAAUACCUACACUAUUACUGUAUUUAAAUUUGUCUCUAUAUAUUGUAUUACAAGAGAAGGUUGAAGGUUGCUUAAUGCAUAAAAACAAAAACUGAAACCAAAUAAAUUGUGUACAUGACCUGUUGGUAGGAACAGGUUGUAUUUAAAGCUCAACUUAUACCUGUAUUUCUAAAACAGAAAACAACCCCUGUUCCCUUAAGAGAAACAAGCUAUUAAAAGUCAAUAAUCAAACAGA